AUGGUGCUGAUAGAAUGGAUCUUGACCGGCACAGAUCAGAUCGGCGCCGGAGGUUUCAUCGGCUCGCGCCUGUGGCCAGGGUGGAUCAAGUUUCAUCGCAUCAACAUCAAGCACGUUUCGAGGCUUGAAGGACUUAUCAAGGGUGCUGAAAAUGGACUUGCGUUCACCAUUGUUUGUUUGCAGAUGGAGCCUCUACCAAGUGGAAACCUUCCUCCUGGUUUUGAUCCAAGCACUUGCCGUAGUGUGUAUGCUGGGAACAUCCAUACGCAAGUGACGGAGGUUCUUCUUCAAGAGAUUUUUGCAAUUACUGGUCCUAUUGAAAGCUGUAAACUCAUCAGAAAGGAUAAGUCAUCAUAUGGAUUUGUUCACUACUUUGAUCGAAGAUCAACGGAAGGCAUCUGUUUGGACAGCCUAUCAAAGUUAAUUGGGCCUACGCCACUGGUCAAAGGGAAGAUACAUCUGGUCAUUUCAACAUUUUUGUUGGAGAUCUCAGUCCAGAGGUCACUGAUGCAGCAUUGUUUGAAAGCUUCUCUGCCUACAACACUUGCUCGAUGCUCAAACUGCCAUAAAUGA